UUUUGAAAGUGGAGGUUAGCACCUUAGCAUAUUUUGCAGAGGCAACAAAUUUCAUGUACCAUUUUUUCGUGAAUCAAGAAACCGGUUUCAUGCAAGCGGAAAUGCGGAUGCUGUCUUAAGAGCGCUGAAUGUACGAGCCUUUAUGUUUAACUGGCGACGGCUUCUGUGGCUACGACUUACGAGCAUGAUGAAAUACAUGAGUCAUGUAUGAAGGCGCGAUUAUGCCGUACUGAGUACAUAUGCCGUCAGCGUGAUUCCCCAUGACUCCUACUGACCGGGCUAGGAGGGGCAUGCAUAGCUGACUAACAGUGGUGUGACUAAUAAUUACUGUCGCUAGCGGUCCUUCAUCGAUCAGUCGUUACAGCAAGUGGGCUUUGCCGAAUGAAAUUUUUCUGCAGCCGAUGGAUGAUUAUAGAGUAAAAUUUAAUAAGCAAGGCUUAAGGAAGUAGUUCCGAGUUUAAUUUUGGAAUUUUACCAAAGAAGCAUUCUAUUCUUUUUUUAAUACGUCUGUGGAUAUGCCGCAGAAGCCUACACAUACGCACAACGGCAUCAGCCAUUUUUCUGUUUUCGCGCACAUCAACCGGCCACGCCUGUGUUACAGCUGAUUAUCGGAACAGAUAUUAAUUCUUUUCCUGCUGUUCGAUACGGAUAGUGGCUAGCAAUAGAUAUCCAUGGAAAGUCGCUUUACGCACUGCCUGAAUAAUGCACAACAGCAUUGUUGCUACCUGAAAUGCCCAGUACAGCAGCCUUGAUGCUGUAGUGCGAUAUAUGGGUUCCUGUUGUCUCCUUCGUGAUAAUUCUGCUUACACUAAAGCUGUGGGCUAAAAAUUAAUGGGUACCGGAAGCAAAUUCUUCAUUAUCCUUGGUCUGGGAUUUCUCUCCUGCAUCCGCAAUGUGAUGGCGCAGUAUUACCGUAACUACCCAAAUUUGGAAAUGUUAUGCAAUCAAAGCCUGGUAUUAGACUGUCCCUUCUUGUUCGAUGGACGAGCCGGAACAUUCCGCUAUGACAACAUACCCGACCUAUCCCCGGGAUUAUGCUACUUUAAUGUGACAUUGCCACCCGACUGCGGGAUAUCGAGCAGAUUUUUCGCCUUUUACAUCAACAUUCGGAAAUUUCUUCUACCGCCUACCGACCAUGUCCGAAUCUAUCAAGCUAACCGACUGGCACCGCGCAUUCUUCUCAAAGAGUUGACCGGUUCCCACUCCGCGCGGUCCAAUCCUUCGUCGGUCUCGCAAGCUCUGACAUCCUACGUUAAACAACCAUCCUUUAUUUUCGAAUAUUUCCGCGGCACAUCACCCUCUACGGAGUCGAAUCAGGCUUACAUCGAUUUUAUUAUCGUUACAAAUAGUCCGGGUUUAUGGAGUGCAUAUUGCCCCGCUUUGUCGGGGUAUGUGGACGUGUAUUUCAUCUGUCAUACCGACGGAACUUAUGGUCGCGUCAACUGCCCGCACAGCUUUACGCCCGACGUGUAUGCGGUGAAUCCCGCCUCUCUGAGGCAAUCAUGCCCUUUCAGGUCCCCACCAAGUGCCGGGAACAAUGAACCAAUAUAUGAGUAUUGGAACACGCAUGGCAUACUAGGCAGUUCUCAGUCUUCUAGCUUGAGCUCCGAUGCCAUUACGGGAAUUGUAUUUGGAUGUAUUUUAUUUGUUGUCAUCAUCAUUACGGGGGUUUAUAUGAGACUCCGCUCUGUCAGGCGACGUACACCGCCCAGCCGACCAAUCGUUCUACCACGAACCAGCGGCGCCGUGCAACUGGAGCCACUGCUAGUAACUGUGCCACAGGGCGCCAACAGAGUGCCGGCGGUGCUCGAUGAUCCGGUUGCACCCCCUCCGCCCUAUCUGGGAGCACCGCCUUCGUAUUCACAACUCACAGCAGCACCAGCACUAGUCAGCAUUUCUUUGUCCAACCCGCCGUCGUAUAAAUCAUGUAUUUAGCUUCGAAAUAUGGGAAAGGCGUGUACGUACAUCUUGAUAAUGUUCGCAUGAGAGGCAGAUUCUAACAGAAAGCCCUCAAGAUUACACUUUUUCGCGUAUGCACAUAUCGAAUGGCUGUAAAAAUAAAGGUUUUCCUCGGCGGUGUGCAAGCAGCGUUUCAGUUAUGCUUCUGUUAAAGGAAAUGCUACGUAAGAUAACUUAGACUUUUAGAUUAAGAGAGACUUAUAGGUAAGCAUAAGUAGAUUACUUGUAUUUAUCUGUAUGCGGAUUGCUCUUAACUCAUAAGUGUGAUCGAGUGUAUUCCUUACGGCUAAAUGAAAUAUAUUGUUUCAGUUGUUGAAAAAUAUUAUCCAAAGUUGUUUGAAAAACUGCGGCUGCUGAUUACCGGUGCUAGGUUGAAUGGUAGGCGAAAAGUUUAUCAUUAGACGUAACACCGGUAACCGACGGGCACCAUGAGUUGCAUGUGGUGUGAACUGUGAGACAUGCAUUUCUAGACAAAUAUAUGAAAAACGGUAUUACUGUCGUUUUUUCAUAUUUUUAUCUGGAAAUGCAUGUGCAGAGUACAGUAGUGUCUUCACUUGCAUUAAAAUGAAUAUAGGGGGAAAAAUGUGUCUAGCCGAACCAAUCCCUUGUACUUCUGAUGUAAGCCAGCUGGUGGUUUACGUUGUGGCUCGACAGUGUUUUAUGUAAAGCGCUGCCAUUAAGAUUGCAGGUACUGAUAACAGGUAAGCAGCACUCGUACAACUGCAGGUAAACAGACU